UUCUCCCUUGCUUCCACUUUUCCCACCAGUGUUUCGUGGCAUCUUGCGUACCGCUACGGUAGGAAUGUUGUGAUUUGUGCUGCACACGCUUUUCGUCCAACCUUGUUUGAGGUUUCGGUAUGCGACACACGUUGCUUGUGCCAGUCUGUGAUUGCAAGAGGGGGGGAUUGUUGGAAAGGGGUGAAAAAUUUUGCGUUGAAAACUCGAUCAUUCCGCAAACCUAUUUCGCAAAAGGCAGAAAGGCGCAUGCAUAUUUUCGUUAGCUUAUUAGCAAAUGUGAUCGGAACAGGUUGAAGGGGAGUAAUCAUUCCGCAGCAUAUAGACGAUCUAAACAUUCAAAACGAACCAGCAUAGUACGAACGACAUCGUUGAAGGAAAACAAUCAGAUUCUGUGGAUGUGCUUCCCAUGUGAGUUCCUCAGAUUACCGUUCCGUGUGCUUAGUAUCGAUCUUCUUCAGUGAACAGUGAAGAGGCAAGGCAAACAUGACAUCCGUCCAGAGCCAGGAAGAUCUUGAAGCACGUAUCGCACGCAUUAAGAAACGCAAUGAGGAAAUUGAGCAGAAGUACCGCGAGGCGGAAGAGGACCGGCUGCGUGCUAUGAAGGAAAACGCCAUGGUGGAGAUCAAACCGCCCAAGGACGAUGAUUGGCCACGGGAGCAUAAGUAUGAUAAGAUCGAUUUUAACUAUGAGCUUGACGAAAACACGCUCGCACAGCUGGAAGAGAGAAAGAAGGAAAAGAAUGCUUUUAUACAGAAGAUAGCAAAGGAGUAUAAAGGAUUUGCUGAGGGGGAAGGUCCACCGCCGGAUCCGGCAUAUAGCUUUCUGGCCGAUGUAGAACGUGAUGGUGAGAAAACGGGACAAUCGAGCGAUGGUGGCAGCCCUAACAGCAGUGCAACCCUAAUCACUCCGAACGGUAGAAGUCCACCCGGUAAGGGUGUUGAUCAUUUCGAUCGUCGCAAUCCAAACAACCGUAGCGGACAUCGACCAGGAGGUAUGCCGAGAGAAGCAAUAGGAUCACACCCCGGCCAGAGUGGAAGAGCAAAGGGUGGCAAACAGCAGCAUGGACACCACCACGGUCAUCAUCAACAUCAUGGCGGUGGGACAAACAUUCAGCGUUCGUUUUCCACUAAUGAGCACGAUGGGUGGCGAUCUGCAUCAGGCGAGCAACAGAGACGAAAUACCCGUGGAACGACACACGUAACGCACGAAGGUCCGGGACAUUGGAGGCGCGGUGAUUUCCAGCACGAUGGGCAGGAGAGUCGCAGCAAGGAUGAUAGUGGUUUACAUACCUCAGCCAAAUUGGAACCGAAUCUAACGGUUUCAAUAUCGCGUGAUGGCGAGUUUAAGAGUGUGAAAGUUACAUCUCCACCAAUUAUUGGAAGCGGUCGAGUUGGACCUCGCCAGCCAGCGAAACCCCAAUUUCAGUUUCACACUGGUCAAGGAGAACACAACCAGCAGCCUCAUGGGCAGCACCAUUUACCGCUUACUGCCAGUGCGGGCCGUAAGGAGUCCCAUCCUGUUGAUCAUUUCAAUCGCAACACCGCAGGUCGUAAGUCGGAUCGUGGUGGAGAAAGUGCCAAAAAGUCCGGACCCACUAAUGGGAAGGGCAAUGGUUCGCAGUCUAAGGGUAGCAGUGUGCAGGAUCGAUUAAAUCGCAACCGUACGACGGGUGUAGUAGCAGCAAGUAGCGAUAAGAAUGAAAACUUUAUUCCUACCAAAACUAAUCCGCCACAACCCGUGUCCGGUGCGGCUAAGGCGACUCUUAAGACCAUCUCGAAAAUCAUUGAAAAGAAUGCGGAAAUUGAUGAAAAGCUGGCACGCGAACUGGCACGGGAAAAUGAAAAGUUAGCAACGAAGGUGAAGGAAUUACGCCUGCAGCAGGAACAGUAAGACAGGCUGUAGAUGAAUGUUUUGGAAGUAGGGGACUGUAGUUGUAUAGUUCCUGGACUAUUGUUAUGGUGCCUGAAGCGCACGAGUGAUGCCAUGUGCACUACUCUUAUGCGUACCGAAGGUGGCAACAGUUAGAUUUUGCUUUUUAAUUAUUCAUGUAUUGAUUGGAGCAAAUUUGGACGGUUUCGUACAGUCAUUUGCUAUAUUUAUAUAUCAUUCACUUGAACCAAAUGCGCUGCUUGUAGCAGCUGAAAUUUUGAUGUUUUUUUUAAAUCAUUUUCAAAGAAUAUUUCAAAACAAUUUUGGCUAUUCUUGCACUCACAGUAACGUGCAAUAAGGGAAGCAUUCGUACCCAUCUGUGGAGAUGUUUUUAGAUUUCAUAUCAGCAGUCACCAUUUUGACGAAAGAUUGUUGAAACGCUUCUCUAGACUCAGAAAGAAUGCAAUAUAAUAGGAACCUGCUGAAUCAGGUUAUCAGUAAUCAGUUUUAUACGUAAUAAACCCACAAAAAGAGAUUUA